CUCUGCUCAUUAGCUCGGGACAGAAAACAGCUCUGAGUGGCGCAUACCGCGCGUAAUGAGCUGCUGGAGAACAAUACGGGGCUCACUGGAUACUUGACAAACACUCCUGCUCACAUUAUAGCCCGUCUGCAUGUGAAUAACGCGGUGAGUAACACCGGGGACUCCGCUCUUUAACAAACAGUUCAACUGUCACAGGUGAGCGCUGCGCCCCGUGACUCAGACCUGUUCCCUUUUCACAAGUUUCAAAACAUUUACGCGUGGAGCCGUGGGCUGAGUCCAGUUACAUCAUCAGCGACGGGCAUAAAAAAGAAGAAAAGAAAAGAGAGCGCACACAUCAGCGGGGGGAGGACGCAAACAUGAAACCUGGAGAGGAAGCCUUUCUGCUCACUGUGGAGCCCCGAGCCGAAGCGAUGGACGCGAAUCUGCGCAGAGACGCGAAGAAGCCCAGGACGCUCCGCUGCAGCAUAAAGCUGUUCGUGCUCUGCCACGGCCUCCUGCAGUUGUCCCAGCUGCUGUACAGCGCCUACUUCAAGAGCACCAUCAGCACAAUCGAGAGACGCUACGGCCUCAGCAGCUACUCCUCGGGAACCAUUUCCUCUCUGCACGAGGUCAGUAACAGCAUACUGAUUGUGUUCGUGAGCUACUUUGGGAAUCGGGUCCACCGUCCUCGCACCAUCGGCGUCGGUGGACUGCUGAUGGCCAUCAGUGCCAUGAUGCUGACUUUGCCUCACUUCCUGUCUCAGCCGUACGAAUACGGCUCUGUUUUACAUAAUCGCCACGAAAUGUGCAACCUGCAGAGCACCUCUAACAGCACACAGUCGUGCAACCGUGAUGAAACGAGACGUCUGACCGACACCAACAACCUGUGGCUGCUCAUGGCCAGCGCUCAGCUGCUCUUUGGUGUUGGAUCAGUGCCCAUCCAGCCCUAUGGGAUUUCCUACAUUGAUGAUUUUGCUGGGCCUGCAAAUUCCCCUCUCUACAUAGCCAUCCUGUUUGCAGUUUCUGUAUUCGGGCCUGCCAUCGGCUACCUGCUGGGCUCAGUCAUGCUGCGGGUCUAUGUGGACGUGAACAAAAAAGAUUUGGGAGAAGCUGCGCUCCAACUCAGACCCGACGAUCCUCGCUGGAUCGGUGCCUGGUGGAUGGGCCUGCUCAUCUCUGCUGGCUGCCUGGUUCUCACCUCUAUCCCCUACUUCUUCUUCCCACGUACCAUGGCUUCACAAGACCACGUGACUCGAAGUGAGUCUGGCUCAGAAGAUGAGGACUCUUUGCUGGGCUUCCUGAAGAGUUUUCCCAAAAAGUUUGUCGACCUCUUGCUGAGCCCUCUUUUCCUGAUCCUUGUCCUGGCCCAGUGCUGCUUCUCGUCGGUUAUUGCAGGGCUUGCUACGUUCCUUAACAAGUAUCUGGAGCGACAGUAUGCAACUACAGCCGCACAUGCCAACCUGCUCUUUGGUUCUGUGAACCUACCGUGUGUGGCUGUGGGGAUGCUGGCUGGCGGGGUCAUCAUGAAAAGAGUGGGUCUCUCUCUGAAGGCCAUCCCACGUUUCUCUGUGGUGAUGCUGACCAUCUCCACCCUCUUCUACAUCCCUCUGUUCUGGAUGGGCUGUUCAACACAGAAGGUUUCAGAGGUCAAUCAUUUCCAGAGCAGCCAGUCUUGGUCUCCACCCAGCUGCUAUUCAAACUGCAACUGUCCUAACAGCACCUUUAAUCCCGUGUGCAGCUACGAGGGCAUUGAGUACAUCUCUCCGUGCCACGCUGGCUGCACGAACUUCACCAAAGACAACACCCACAGGAUUCUGGAGUAUAUCAACUGCAGCUGCACUGCCAGCACUAAGGCCAAACCAGGUCCUUGUGAGAAUGGCUGCUCUCAUUUUCUUCACCCUGUCAUAAUCGUCAUCGCUCUAGCAUCCCUCAUCGCCUGCCUAACGCACAACCCCAUGUACAUGAUGGUGCUCAGAUCUGUUCCUUCUGAUGAGAAGUCAUUUGCCAUAGGAAUUCAGUUUUUACUCAUGAGACUGCUGGCUUGGCUCCCGGCCCCUGCUCUCUUUGGGAUGGCCAUCGACACAUCGUGCCUCAGGUGGAGAACUGUAUGCGAAAAGAAGUUUAGCUGUGGUUACUAUGACAACAACAUGUUGAGGAACCGGUAUCUGGGCUUACAGGUGGGUUAUAAGGUCAUGGGCAUCGUCCUGCUGAUGAUUCUCGGGUGGAAGGUGCACCGGACCGAGGAGUACAGUCUGGCAGAUGACAAGAAGGACCAUUCUGAUUGUCCCGCUGAGAAGCAGGGUGAUCCAAACCUUUUAAAGCUUUGCUGCGGUGAUAAACGCUGAGUAAAGCUGUCAGUGGAAGGAAUCCAUAGUCAAGAUGGGCCAGCACUGUGACCUCAAUUUCUUUAGGCCCACUCCUCCUACCCAGUUCUUCAAUGGUUGGACAGAGGAUAUCCAUUUUCUACAGGGGAAUAUUCUCUAUGUUUCUGGAUGCAUUUUGAUUGGAGUAAUUCAGACGUUAUGACCAGCAGAGUAUACGUUAAGACAAGACAGCUAAAGCACAUCGUUUGUAAAUGGUAAAUGGCCUGUAUUUGUAUAGCGCUUUACCAAAGCACUUUACACAUCCAGUCAUGCACCCAUUCACACACACAUUCACACA